CGUCAGCCGACUUCCGGGAUUUUUGGGGUGGUUCGCUGUGCUGUUGUCAGGAAGCCCGAUUUGAUUAUUGUUUUUAGGAUUUCCUACAUUUUAAAACAACAAGAAAACGAGUCAACAUGAACCGCAUUUUCGGGAAAGGAAAACCUAAAGCACCACCUCCCAACCUUACAGACUGCAUAGGAACCGUUGAUUCGCGGGCUGAGUCCGUUGAUAAGAAGAUAUCCAGACUCGACGCUGAAUUGAUCAAAUAUAAGGAUCAGAUAAAGAAAAUGAGAGAUGGGCCAUCAAAGAAUAUGGUAAAGCAGAAAGCAAUGCGAGUGCUUAAACAGAAAAGAAUGUAUGAAGGACAGAGAGAUCAGCUGAUGCAGCAGUCGUUUAACAUGGAGCAGGCCAACUACACCAUUCAGACACUUAAAGACACAAAAACAACUGUGGAUGCUAUGAAGAUUGGAGCCAAAGAAAUGAAGAAGGCUUACAAGAAUGUGAAGAUUGAUCAGAUUGAGGAUCUUCAAGACCAGUUGGAGGACAUGAUGGAGGAUGCUAAUGAAGUCCAGGAGGCUCUGAGCCGCAGUUAUGGAGUGCCGGAUAUUGAUGAAGAUGAUCUAGAAGCAGAACUGGACGCACUUGGAGACGAGCUCCUUUUGGACGAUGACAGCUCUUACCUUGACGAGGCCUCCUCAGCUCCAGCUAUACCAGAUAGCACUCCAGGAGAGAGAAGCACCAACCGGGAUGGAGUUCUGGUUGACGAAUUUGGACUUCCUCAAAUUCCAGCAUCAUAAAAACCCGAUGAACUCGUCUUAACUUUCUUAAAACGUAUGCAUCAUACAGUACAAUUAUGCAUACGACAUGUAAAACACUGCGAUUCUUGCAUUCAGUUUUGUAAAAAAAAGAAAUAAAAAAAAAAAAAAAGAAGGGAAGGGUUCAUAUAAGCUCAAUUUCUCUGGGGGUUAAUGAUUUAAAAGUAUUCACGACUGUAAACACAGCCAGGCUUUCUUUUGCCCUGCUUAUGUUCUUGUCUAAUAAGUAAUAGUCACUUCAACUAAGUGUCAGGAGAUAAUCGUUAAAAGGAACUACAGACCUUUUUUUUUUUGUUUGAUUAACUUUUGAUCAUAUAUACAAUUCUCUCUAUUUUGUUUCUAAAUAAAAGUACCUCAAUGACUUUGUACAGCAACAAAGGGUUGCCAGCUACCAACAAAUAAAUUAUUCUAUAUUUGGCAA